AUGCAGCAACCGCAGCAAUUACAGCAACAACAAUUACAGCAACAACAACUACAGCAACAACAACUACACCAACAACAGCUACAGCAGCAGCAACUACAACAACAGCAACUACAGCAACAACAACUACAGCAACAACAGCUACAGCAACAACAACUACAGCAACAACAACUACAGCAGCAACAAUUACAGCAACAACAGCAAGUACAGCAACAACAGCAAGAACCACAGUGGGAGAGUGUGAGAAGUGACGAUCGUCGAUUCGAACCAUCGGGACGUCAACAGACGACGCCGGGAUUCGGAACCGGAACAGCGCCGGAAAAUCAGAAUUUUGGAAUUCGACUCUCUCAACGACCCGUCUCACCUCAGCAACAAUUUCCACCAUCUUCUGAGAGGGAAUUCAUAUCUCCAUCUGACAGGCAACAGCCUGCUCAACAAACACAACCGCAACAAUGGUCCAUUGAAACGCAGCGAUUCGGUAGUGUCUCAAGGCCAACUCAGCCGCCACUCGCAAGUGUUCAACAUCCCCAGAGCCGGUGGACUCAUGCACAUGUUCAGCAACCCGCAGCACUGCAUCAAUCGCAACCUCAGCCUCUGCCUCAACCUCAGCCAUUACAAGCCUCGUCUCAGCAAGCUCUGCCAACUCAACAACCUUUUGAUGCACAUGCGCAAGAGCACAUUUCUUCACGGCGACCAGAGGAAUUCGUUUGGCGUCCUCAAGCAGAUUCUGCAAAUCGGAGAUCACGACCAAGCGAUUUCUUUCGUAAAAAUGGUUCCGAUCCAUACGAAUGCAUGGAUAUUCUUUGCUUGUGCCCUUAUAUGGGAGGUAAGUUCAUGGUGGUCAUUGAUUCAUUGCUGCAGUUCGAUAAUGUGAAGCCAUAG